CGUUUGAUCGUAUCGGCAUAUAUACCAAACAUCGUUGAUUUCUCUGUAAAAGCUCGCGUGACAGCUCUUCCCGCGAUUUCGAUAACAUUCGAGCACGACCUGGAUGUAACGUUCUGAACAAAUAUACCUGAAUUUUUUUCCGCGACAAUCUCGUCGGUUUCUGGACUUUUCGAGUGAAAAUGACGACUGAUCGAUAGAAUCGAUAAAGUCAUUGUAAGCGAUUCCCCGUCCGCGCGAUAGACCAUCAUUGUCGAGAGGAAGGAAAGCAGCAGAACGCAGCUAACGAGAAGGCGACUGGGGAAACCGUAGUAGCGGGAACGACGCAAGAAAAACCGCAAACACGUAUUUCUGCCCUCGCCGGCAGAAUUUUCCGCGGAAAUCACGCCGCGAAGAACAGUCGCCGCGACUCUGGUUCUUCGGUGGCGAACGCCGGUGUGACCUGCCAGUCCGUUGACCCCGUUCGCGCGAGGUAUAUCGAGAAGUGGUCAGUUGGCUCCUCUCCGAGAGCGCAUCCAAGUUUGUAACGCGGAAUCAUCCGCUUCUCCGGCUGGUCGAUUUAUUUGGCCGACUCGGCGAGGAGAGAACUCGCCCCCGCGUGAUAGGGAACGAAGAAAUGCGGUAACAAGAUAAGCGGGGGAUAAUGUCGCCGUUCGACGUGAGUUACAGCAGGCAGCUGGGUGCACCGUCAGUCAGAGGUUCCCUCUGGUUGCUGUGGCUCUGCUUGCUCGCGAAUUCGAUCCCGUCGAGCCUGUCUUACGACGUAUCCUGCUGCCCCGAAGCCGCGGUAUGGCGUUACUCGGCCAAUUGUUCAGACGGCUCGAGGAUUCGCCUAGAAUGCCCGUACGGCAUCUACCUGAUCGAUCCUGAGAUUAGCGAACACGAUAACUUCACCGUCAUCUACGAGGACGACACUGCCUGGCUGGUGCAGAGCGACCAGGAGGAGAAAAUCUCGGCUGACAGAUUCUGCAUAGCUAAAUCGGCACGGAGCGGCAACGAGCUCGCCCUAGCAUGCUUCGACGAGGAAAUGAUGGACGAGAGUGUGUCGAUGCGAUGGAAGAACAUGUUGAUUUGUAUCGUCAGCAUCAUCUCGGCUUUCUUCUUAAUCGCCACCUUGGCGGUGUACGUUAUAUUGCCGGAACUACGGGAGCUCCAGGAUAAGGCGAUGAUGGCUGCCGUUACUACUCUGGCCGUCAGCUAUACUGUCCUGUCUAUUCAACACUUACGGCCGCACGUCGAAGAUGAUUAUGCCAUUUGCGUUUCUCUCGGAUUCAUAUUGUACUUCGCCUUCAUGUCCGCGUUCUUUUGGUUAAACAUCGUGGCCUUUAACGUGUGGCGUGCCGUAUGGUUUAAGAACUUUAGGAUGAGAGAAAAAUCGCUCUUCUAUGCUUAUUGCAUCUGGGGAUGGGGCGGCCCGGCUUGUUUCUUGGUUACUGCUCUGACGAUGCACCACAUACACGGACAACACUUGAAACCUGGCUUUGGCGAAUACAGCUGUUGGUUCAGCGGCACUGUACAAACGUGGAUGUACUUUUACGGACCGAUUGGUAUUCUGCUAGCACUGAACGUACUCUACCUCGGAUUGACCAGUUGGCGUUUAUGGCAUCAAUAUCGCAAUUGUACGGGGAGCAAGUUGCGGGUCCUGCGAUUUAAAUGUUUGCUGUAUAUCAAACUGGUGCUCGUUAUGGGCAUCACUUGGAUCUUCGAGCUGAUAUCAUUCGCGAUUGAGACGAAGAUGGACGAGUUCUGGAUACCGACGGAUUUGCUGAACGGUCUCCAAGGAUUCAUCAUAUUUCUGCUACUGGUCGCGAUGCGAAAAAGAGUACGAAAGCUGUUGGCGAAAAAGCGACCUUGCGGUAUCGUUUUCCCGAAAUCCUGGGCGGCUUACGAGGACGAGGAGUGUGAGGAGGUUUUACCCGAAGAGCUUGAACUGUCUCAGCAAGGCUAACGCACUCUUACGUUCUUCUCAAUCUCGCAAUAUCUGAGACUGAGGAUCACGUGUGAUGUAAGACCACAUGUCGUUCAGGAAAAGACAUCUCGGGUAAUGUGGAUAGGCGAAUAACGCAAUUGUUAUCGUGUUUUAAUUCGUUUGAUUCUGCAAAUAACAUUUGAGUACGUUGUCCUUGUACUCUUGCUGUUGCAGUCCCUACUUUGUGCAUCCCUACUUUGUUUAAUCCAUUGUCAGUCAUAAUUCAGUUUCACGAAAUGAAUAUUGUUUUAUCAUGUUCCUUAUUAGUACAUGUUCACGCAUGUAUCCCUACGUAUAGUCAGAAAAGAGACAUACAGCAGUAUCGACAGAUAACGGAUUAGCCAAUAAAUAUCAUUAUAUUAUAGAAAUAACCGAUCCUCAUCACGAUCGCGAAUCACGUUAUUUUUAUGGCGUAGCGAAAUACGUAAUUUUAAGAAAUACAUUGUUAAGUGCUGUACAAGAAUCUCCGUAAACACUAUGUAAAUGUUGGAUCGAAUAACCGUGUGUGGAAGAAAAAUUAAAAAUAUAAUACAAAAAUGUAA